AUGGCUUCUUCAAAUAAUGGAAUUAGUAAUAAGGAAACUAGAAAUACAAAACCAACAAAGAUCAAUCUAGAUUCAUUGAAUCAUAAAAUACCGAAUAUAAAUGAUAUAUCGAUAGUUUCACCACAACUAACCCCAAGUAAAUUACCUUCCUCAACUGAGUUAAACAAUUUGAACAAAUCAGAGUUAAAUUUAUCACCAAAGCAACCACCAAUAAUUUCCAAAGAAGCUAGAGAUCAAUGUGGUUUACCUGAUGACUUACCCACGGUCAAAUGUUUAGCGAGAGCAAGAAUACCUACUACAAAAGGAGAAGAAAUAUUCUUACAUAUUUUUUGGAACUCAUUAGAUAAUAAGGAACAUCUUGCAAUUGCAUUUGGAGAAAAUAUUAGAUCGAGAUCAUUAUUCAAACAAAAACCGAAUGAAACUCAACAAGAUAGAAUGACAAGAGGUGCAUAUUUAGGUAAAUUAAUACCAGGUAGAACUACCGCAGAUACAGAUCCAACAACUGGUCAAUCAUUAACAUUUGAUUCUCAAGGUAAUUUAAUUAUCGACGAAUUAACAUAUCAAGAUCAAGCUUUAGUUAGAAUACAUUCAGAAUGUUAUACUGGAGAAACUGCAUGGAGUGCCAGAUGUGAUUGUGGUGAGCAAUUUGAUGAGGCAGGUAGAUUAAUGGGUGAAUUAGGUCAUGGAUGUAUAGUAUAUUUAAGACAAGAAGGUAGAGGAAUUGGUCUUGGAGAAAAGUUAAAAGCUUAUAAUUUACAAGAUUUAGGUGCUGAUACGGUUGAAGCUAAUUUAAUGUUGAGACAUCCUGCUGAUGGUAGAAAUUUUUCAUUAGCAACUGCGAUUUUAUUAGAUUUGGGUUUGAUUGAAAUUAAAUUAUUAACUAAUAAUCCUGAUAAAAUAUUAGCCGUUGAAGGUAAACAUCAAGAAGUUAAAGUAAUUGAAAGAAUUCCAAUGAUUCCAUUAAGUUGGAGAUUAGAUUCUGAAAAUGAAAUUGGAAUAAAAUCAAAAGAAAUUGAAGGAUAUUUAAGUACAAAAAUAGAAAGAAUGGGACAUUUAUUAGAAAAACCAAUAAAGAUAUAG